UGCGCAACACAACACAACACUGAAAGCAGCAGUCAGAAAAUCGCUUUUUUCGCGAUUAUUUUGUGUAUACGCGAAUCGAGGGAAAUCUGUGCGCGUAAAAUUCCCACCGAAAUUUGGCUCUAUUUGCGGCGGAAUUGUGUGCAUUUUGUGGUGAAUACUGUGUGCUGACCGGAACUAUUGUGCAAUUAUUAGUUUUCUAGUGGAAGAGCGGCGAAAUUUGUGGCGUAAAACUCGGAAAACGAGCGUGAGACAUCGAAUUUGCAAUCGCGGACGCCACAGAGUGUGUGACCUCAUGCAAUGCAUACGCUACGAAGUAGUGAUACAACGAAUUCGUCGGCCACCGCGGCGGGCGCCAUAACUGGGAGCAAUUCUUCUGGCGCUGCCGGAGUUGCUGGUGGAGGAGGAGGAGGAGGAAGCGGAGUUAGUGGUGGAGGAGUAGCGGCGGGUUCGUCAAUACUUCAGCUCCAACAGCAGCAGACCUCGCAGCCACAAUCCUUACAGCAACAACAGCAGCAGCAAGCUUCAUCACAACUACCGAAGGGUGGACCUGUUCGAAUAAACAGCAUCAAAGGCCACCAGAGUCGUACAAACCAUAUCAUCUACUGUCCGCCGCUGCUACGUUCCAAAGACGACUGUACAGCUGUGGUUUACUUUGGUGGAGAUGUACAGGAUAUCCCGGAAAAGAUGGAAACCAAUCGGGACAAUAAAAACUACAUCAAAUGGAAUUUAGAGAAUACCGCCUUGUUGUUAAGAGAUUCGUUCCCACGGGCGCACAUAGUAGUCGUGCGGCCAAUGCGCAUGGAGUACAGCACAUUCAGUUGUUUCGACAACUUCGUGCGUGGUAACAAUGCCGGAAUUCCCGAUCACACCCCGAUGCAUUACUCACUGCUGCAUCUGGAAGAAUUGUUGAUCAAUUUGACGAAAAAACUUACAAAGCCUGUGCUAGAACCGGACUUGCUGCACAAGCUGAUAGCCGCAACAAAUUCGUCACUCUGUGGGACAGACUUGGAUGCAAAUCAGGACAAUGAGUCGGAAGCGCAAAACAGCUCAGCGGGCUCGAACGCAUUGUCAACUUCAUCGUCUGGGAUUGGCGACAGCAACAGCACGUGUGCUGCUGACAUCAAUGAAUUACUGUGGUGGCGUGAGAGUCUUAACCUUGACAAGGCUAACCUUGCCCUGAUGGGGUUUAGCAAGGGUUGUGUCGUGCUUAACCAGUUCAUUUACGAGUUUCAUUACUACAAAACACUCACUCCGGACGACAGCACAAUGAUGAGGUUGGUGUCCCGAAUAAAGGACAUGUAUUGGCUGGAUGGUGGACACGGUGGUGGUAAGAACACUUGGAUCACCUCGCGAAGUUUGCUGGAAACGCUGUGUCGGCUAGGGAUUAAUGUCCAUGUGCAUGUUACGCCAUAUCAGAUCCAGGACGAUCAUCGACCAUGGAUCCGAAAGGAGGAGAAAUCGUUCACCGACUUACUGAAGCGGCUUGGAGCCGCCUUCGAUCGGCAUCUCUACCCAAGUGAAGCCAAUUCGACAAACCUGUUCACCCACUUCGAGGUACUGAAUCGGUUUCGGCAAUACCAGAUCAAUAUUUUCGCACAACAACAUCUUCAGCAACAACAACAACAGCAGCAACAGCAGCUGACACCUACGAACCUGUCCACAACAUCCGACGAAAGCGUUCAAACUCAGCAACAGAAGCAAUCGCAGCACCAACAACUGCCCCAAGAAUCAGCAGCUGAACAAACAAGCGAUGUUGAGCAAAUGGUCACCGGAAACGAUACGGACGCUGAGGACGAAAAGGUUGCGGAUCAGAACGAUGAAGAGAAUGGCCCUAAGUGAAUCAAUUAUUCAACCGAUUCACCAAUAGCAAGCAAUGUGAAACAGUGGGUCAAGUUUUGGCCAACAUAACGAAUGCGUUGAGUCAUGCUCAUUACACAUAUGAUCAAAGUGAUAAACAAUUUAUUUAAGCAACCUCGAAUUUCCAACAAUUAAAGUGAGUCUAUUUUCGUAAAGAUUUUUUCUUGUUUUUCCAAAUUUUAUGUAUAUUUUAUUGUCCAUUUGUACCAAUAGUCACUCUCGCUAAUAAUUUAAUCUGAGCUAAUGGGAGUCAUGUAUGCAUUGCAUAUUCGCUCUUGUGUGUGAUCUAUGAGUAACCGGGAUCGUUUUAACAUGCCAUUUUUUGCGUAUAUAAAAGUUUACAGAAACGAAUUAUAUUUCUUAGAGAAACGUGUUUAUUUUUUGAUUGAUUGUUUUAAACAGAAGCUACCGAGAAUGUGAGAAUAACCACAAUGUUCAUUAUACGAUUUUUAUAGUUUCUCUUCGAUUGUGUAAGUUAUAAGUUCAGGCAGACUGAUCAACGUUCACAAUGAAUGGGGUCUAUUUUCAGACUAGGUUAAGAGCUGCUAACAAUGCAAUUGACGAAGUAUUCUACUUGGAAUGCGCUAUCGAGAACAUUUGAGAUUUUUUUUUGCAGAUUAGAAAAACAUUCGCACUGGAAAAAAAACUGCUUUAUUGGAUAAACAUUGUUGAUUCCAGUUGGUCCUAAGUAUGGCAUGAUAGUAGAUGUAACGAAAAAAAAGUUUAAAACAAUCAAAAUUUAGCCCUUUUUGGAUGAGUGGUCAAAUCGAUGUUUGCUAUGGAAACUAUGUAUGAAAAUUUAAUGCGAACAAAUGAGCGAUAUUUCACGUUUGAAUCAAGA